AUGCGCCGGCGACGUCAGCACAUGAAUCUAGUACUGGAGGCCUACAGGGAUCGAAGCAUUCUCUACCUGGACGAUAUUGUCAUUUACUCCUGUUCGUUACAGGAACAUUUUUACCCUGACUUCACGAAACCUUUGUCGUCACCACCGAUGCAUCGGGGUACUAUAGGCGGAAUGAGUCAGGAGCAAGGAAAGGACUUACCGAUAGCUUACACUUCGCGUCUAUUGAAUACAGCCGAACAAAACUAUUCUACAAUCGAAAAGGAACUGCUCGCUAUUGUUUACAGCGUCAAUUACUUUAGACCUUAUGUAUAUGGCCAUCAACGCGAAGGCGCGCGUAAAUUGAAGGAAACCAAUAAACUACCCGAGAUAAAGGACGGAACGUUAGGACGAGCAAAAGUAACGAAAAUCGGAGGCAAAUACCUAAUCGCAUUGGUCAUCAAAGAUCGCGUAUCAGCUAUAACCCAGGUAGAAACCAUAAAAGAGGCUACAUUCGCUGUUAGACAAUUAUUGUUUCCGAAUCAAAUCACAGAGCCAGCCGACUCAGAUAAAGCGCGCAUCAUCGCAGAAAAUCACUCGACCGCGAUAGGAGGACAUAAAGGAGUGACAAAAACGUAUAAUCGAAUUAAAUAUAAAUACUUUGCCUCGCCUGAAGAAGAGACGUACAGGAAUUCAUCCGGGACUGUAGAGACUGUCAACUUAAAAGAAACUGGUACGAGUAAAACCCGUCAGCCCAUGAUAUUGAGACACCCCUGGUAA